CCCUGUUCAGCGUCAGCUGUUAUUCACGUAACUGGAACACCAAUCCAAACUUUUCUUUUCCUAAACUCUUUUGACGAAAUAUACAAAAUUUGCCCAUAAAGAAAUGGUACGUCCCACGGUUAUUGGUUUGGCCAAGCGUGUGCCGCUCAUACAGUUCCGCAAAGGAGGAUUGGGUGCGGCAGCAGCCGGUGCACAGACUGCAAAUAAGCAGGCAAGUUCAAAGCCAGCAGGAGGCAAAAAGCUGGCUGGAGGACCUGCCAUUGAGGAUUGGGAGCUGCCGGCACGCUUUGCACGCAAACCCAUAGAUCCUCUCGAGGCGGAGUACAUCAACAACGGUGGCAUACCCAACUAAAAUUGCAACUCUGACUCG